AUGAGGCUAGAGCGCGGACGGCGGGCUUCUCUGGCAAUCACCCUUAACUUUGUGGCAUUCGCUUUUGCCUUAUCAGCGGUCACCACCAGCUACUGGUGUGAGGGGACCAGGAAGGUGGUCAAGCCCUUCUGCACAGGACCGCCGCUGAAGGCGAAGCAGAUCUUCUGCAUCCGCUUCAACAGCUCAAACAUCAACGACAGCCGAUUGGUGCAGUACAUCUUUGAGACUGGCGAGGAGAAGUUUCUACUGAAGAAGUUCCACACGGGCAUAUUUUUUUCCUGUGAGGAGGCCGCUGACAUGAACGGGUUUGACUGUCGAGACUUCUCAGAGAUUGCACCUGAACAUGAAAGAGGAGUCCUGUGGUUGUGUAUAGUGGCGGAGAGUUUGUACCUCACCUUGCUCUUCGCAGGCGGGAUUCUGAUGACCCUGGAGCAGUGUCCCUGCUUUAGUGUCAUGAACAAACUGAAGCUCAGUGCCUUCGCUGCCAUGUGCACAGCCCUGUCAGGCCUUUGUGGGAUGGUGGCCCACAUGAUGUUCACCACCAUUUUCCAGCUGGCUGUAGCUAUGGGGCCAGAAGAUUGGAGGCCUAAGACCUGGGACUACAGCUGGUCUUAUGCCUUAGCUUGGGGCUCCUUCGGUACCUGCAUGGGCUCGGCCGUGACAGCGCUGAACAGGUACACAAAGACAAUCAUAGAGUUUAAAUACAAACGGCGGAACAUCGAGAAGAACCUGUUGGUCAAGCAGAAGAUGAUAGAGCUGAAUAUCCCCGAGCAGAUGUGGGACAUGUACCUGACGGCUGCGCCCGCUUACACUGAGGCCCCGCCAGAACUGCCAGUCAAUGGCAAUAAACCAUCCACAGGCACAACAACAUAUGAGGUCGAAACGGACAGUGCACCAGAACAACAUGGAGAGAAUCACACAGACAUGGACACAGCCAUCACUCACCUGCUCAACAAGGUGCUGCAAAGGCCAGGAAACACGGAGAGAGUCACACUCUUUGAAGUCAUCAUACCUUUCAACACUAAUGAGAAGCUCCUGCUGAGAGACGAGCUUGCAGUUCUUCAGAUCCAACUCAGUCACAUCCAGAGAAUCCCAGAGGAUUUGUCUUUUAAGGUAUACAUUAAAGGAGGCAACGGGGCCUGGUGCAAUGACCUAGUAAGGCUGUAG